AUGGCGUCCAGUGCGCCGAUUGCCAUCUCGUUCUUGGUGGAUCUGACUGCUCGCAAGAGUCAACAAGAGCUCGUCCGCCUUUUGGCUGUGACUGAGAGCCAAAGCCAAUAUGAGCGAAAACAAGCCUUGCAACAAUAUGCCCACAAUACACUAGCUCGCCUGCUGCGGUUGCUGUCUUUGCUUCGCUGGAGCACUCGCUAUCAAAAAGCCCUGACCCAAAUGACCACGCGCGCGCAAGGGUCCCACCAGUUUGUCGUGGAAACGGCCGAUAUUCUCGUGCAGCAAGCCCAAGAGCUCCUGCCUGUCGGCAUCCUCAAUGCCGAGACGCCUCGCCCUCUCCACGAAGCGUGCUUACAGUGUGCCAAGCUGGCGGCUCGCCUUCAACUACAAGUCCUGGCAGCCAAGGCCCAGCGUCUGAUGCAGGGCAUGUGGGCCGGCGUCGUUCGACUGACUGAGAAUAAAAACGAACGUUUAAAGCUGGAAUUCUGGCCUGGCUUUGACGAGCCCCAGCAGCAGGUGUCCGUGCUCAUUAGCGGCACAGAGCUUGAUGAUGAUCAACACCUCUCCGUGACAGUGCACCCUGCUUUGCGCGAUGUGGAAACUGAUCGGCUUAUCAAGCCCCACAUCGAUUUGGCUUCACUAGAUCCGCUUGAACUAGUCACCACCAUCUGGGCUCAAUUGUGGCGCAUGAAAGUAACACGCUUAAAUGCCAUCUUUUCGACCUGUGCUUCUCGCCUCGCCCGCCCUCUGAAGGUGACACUCUGCUCAGAUGUGCCGCCUCAGCCCAACGUGGCGCAAGGGCCUUGGCUUGAGUUGGCUUUUGCUGACGCGCAAUCGGCCACCCUUGUCAUCCGUCUCCGACCACUGGGGAACGGCACGAUGACAUUGUCCUGGGCGUCGAGUCAUGUGCCCACCGAUGUCGACAUCGGUCCGCUGCGUCGCGCUCUCAACGACGUCACGCGUCAGACAGAGACCGUCCUGCAGCCCAUCCUGAACGAGCUGUAUGCCGAUCUGCUGGCCACCGCCGAGCGACAACGGCUGUCUGACAACAGCCGCUUUCACUUUUAUCCCACGCCCCCGUACUCCAGCUCAGCAUUCUGGCCUCCAGCCAAAGCCAAGGUGGUGGGAGUUUUGCUGGCCCCUUUCCAUGCCCACGUCGCCGUGGGCACCACCCUGGACCUUGAGACACUGCAGCUUGCUUGCCAUUUGUUGUUGGCUCAACCUGUGGCGGAACGAGAGUUGCUAGCCGGGCGACGCAUGGGGCCAUCCACGCCAAGCGUUGGCGCGUCUGUUAACAUGGACAGCGGUACCAAGGCAGACGGCAGUGUUCCAGCUUUGCCACCCUCUACGGCAGAAUGGCUUCUCACCGACCCCCUUUCCAUUGCUUUACACUUCAGCCACGUCGCUAAAGAACCCUUUAAUAGUGGUUUCGCACAUGUCCAGAGCUUGCUCGAAGCCUUGCCCAUUCCAUCCAGCUCUUUAUCCGACGACGCGAGAGCACUGGAUGCUGUGCUCGAGCCCCUGGUUGGGCUGACAGCUGUCUGCCGCCAGCUGAGUCUUUUGAGCGUUGAGUUUGCGGUGCACACCCUACCAUCGGGUCAUCUCGUGAUUGUUAUCAAGGAUGUGCCCCGUGAGGCUGCCAGUGGUCCCAUCCUCGCCUCGACAUGUUGCACCAUCGCACUCGGUGCAGAUGGCUCCAGCUGCUUUGAAAUUCUGGCCACAAAUGGCAACAGCUAUCGCAGUCCUCCCAUCCCCGCAGCCGCGGUGGUCAGCAAGCUCGAGCCGACGGCGCGCGCGUUGAGCUUACUGGCCGAGGUCAACAGGGUAAUGGCCAAAAAGCAACUGCCAUUUUUGUCAGGGGAAAUGGUGCCCUCGCAGGCCAAGCUGCGCUUUCGCAUGGACCUGGAGGAUGGACAAGUGGUUGGUGCUCAGCCGUGGUUGACUGGCGAGCUCGGCUUGGAUCAAAAAACGCAAGCUCUAGGCUUGCAACAGCUUUGUUUUGCCGACAAAACACCAUGCCAACUGCCCUCGCUUUCGCUCUUGGAGGAGUUUUGCAACACGUCGGGUGGCUUCGGAAAGUGCAUGUAUGCGUUGCAUCGCACGGCCAACGUCAUGACUGCUGUGCAACAGACAAUCGAGGCGGGCCUUGAAGUCCUCAUGGUCACGCCGACCCGCUUCUGCUUGUAUGACAAUCUUCUUGGGCGUCACGGUAUCGAAGUUGCCGUUCGAAGUGACAACAUGGUCGUGAUUCGGGAUUUGACAGGAGUCGUCAAACUGAACUCGCAGUUGACGGGUGUGUCCCCGGUCAUGGGCAUCAGUGUUUCUGGUUCGCCGACCCAUUUUCAGAGUCCGCGCCGUGAGGACUUGGUGCAGACCGUUAAGCGCAAGUUGCUCCGGCUUCAUGAACUGCUCGAUUGCCAUGAGAACAAGGAGGCCUUGUACUUUGUCAACACCGACGUGCUCUUGCGCCUUUUGGCGGCCCCGGAUGCCGUUUCACCACUGGCUUGCCACUUUGGCGCCUGUCGCAUUGCUGAGGGUCUAGAGCGGUUUGCCAGCUUUCGCAAGGUUGAUUGCGAGGUUCUCAAAUCCCAUCGUGAGGGAUCUUUCGCUGUCAAAUAUCGGGUCACCCACGGCCGUGAGGUGGGUCGGGAGGUGGAUUGGAGCUACUCACAAGAUUCUUGUGCAGCCACGGCCACCAUCAAGAGCUUGAGUCCGGACGAGGCUUCUUUUAUUGCUUUUUGUCAGAAAAAGUGCCUCUUCAUGACUGCAAAGCCAAGUGAAGGUGACGCCUUAAGAUUGUCAGCCGCAAGAUCCAAUGGCUUGUUUUUUGACGAUGUGUGGAAUAGGCGCGGGGAUGCGCUCUCGCAGGAUAUUGAAGCGGUGAGCUGCAUCGUUGAGCUGGAUCAAGGCGACGGCAAGAGUUGCAUCGUUCCCUUGACAUUACAAGUUGGCCAACGAGUUGUGCCGUGGGCUGCCAAGAAGGGCUGCACUCCAGCUGUCGCCCAAUAUCUUCGCCGUUUGCAGUUCUUGAUCGAUGAUCUGAGCGAGGUUGAUGCGAUCUCCUUGCCUGCCGCAGUCAAAGCGCUUCGUCAAGAGCUCGUACGUUAG